GAGGCGGCUCUGCUCCGGCUCUGCGCUCAGCUCGGUUCUGUCUCCGGCUCUGCUCUCACCUACUGCCCAAGCCUCGCUCCUGCUCCUGCCCCACGACCCCCGGGUGGGCCUUAGACCCCGACCAGGUCCGCAGAAUCUCAGCCCCAGCCGGGACUGUUCCGGCCCGCAGCCCCUGCAGCACGCUACGCCGCCAGGGGGCGCCGUGUGAGCGCCCUAUCCUGGCCACCCGGCGCCCCCUCCCACCGCCCAGUAGGGACGGGAGUGGGGCGCCGGGGGCCAUGCGGGGCCAGGGUCGCAAGGAGAGUUUGUCCGAUUCCCGAGACCUGGACGGAUCCUAUGACCAACUCACCGCCCUGCAGAGCAGCUUGGCAGCGCGCGGGGUGGGAAAGGACAGCGGAUCAGCGGUGUUUCUGUCCAAGCUGGAAGCAAAGAAAGGACUGGAGAAGAUGAGACAGUUGGGACCUGGCUGGCCAACGCCUGAGCUCGGAUCCCUGGGCCUGGGAUCUUGGAGUCGCGUUCCUCUGGCCAUAAAUAUUGCUCCCCGGACUGGGGCGCCCCCGUGUGGUCUUAGAAGAGCCAUGCCUGCAGAGUUGAUUCUGAAUGGGGAUGUCUCCAAAUCAAGUGGCAAGAUUUGCAUGGAGUUCAGAGACAGCGUGGAGGAUGAGUUUGAACUGUCCACUGUGUGUCACCGACCUGAGGGUCUGGAGCAGCUGCAGGAGCAAACCAAGUUCACGCGCAAAGAGUUGCAGGUCCUUUACCGGGGCUUCAAGAACGAAUGUCCCAGCGGAAUUGUCAAUGAGGAGAACUUCAAGCAGAUUUACUCCCAGUUCUUUCCUCAAGGAGACUCCAGCACAUAUGCCACUUUUCUCUUCAAUGCCUUUGACACCGACCAUGAUGGCUCAGUCAGUUUUGAGGACUUUGUUGCUGGUUUGUCAGUGAUUCUUCGGGGAACCAUAGAUGACAGGCUGAACUGGGCCUUCAACCUGUAUGACCUCAACAAGGACGGCUGCAUCACCAAGGAGGAAAUGCUUGAUAUCAUGAAGUCCAUCUAUGACAUGAUGGGAAAGUAUACAUAUCCUGCACUCCGGGAAGAGGCCCCAAAGGAACAUGUGGAGAGCUUCUUCCAGAAGAUGGACAGGAACAAAGAUGGUGUGGUGACCAUUGAGGAAUUCAUUGAGUCCUGUCAAAAGGACGAGAACAUCAUGAGGUCCAUGCAGCUCUUUGACAAUGUCAUCUAGUUCCCCAGGAGAGGGGGUCAGUUUUCUUAGGGGGACCUUGCUCUAGCCCUAGUCCAGGUGGACCUCACCCUUCUCCUCCCAGGUCUGUCCUCAUCCUAGCCCUGCCCUUGGGCCUGUAGGAAUCCAAGAGCCUGGGGAUCACUGGAGCUGAAAGGGUCAGGGAGUGGGCAGAGUAUAUCUUCGGGGUGAUCCCACUCCCAACAGCUCCCACCCCCUUCUUGCCUGACACUCAGUGCUGAGGGUGCCCUGCUAUAGGAAUUGAGUGGUUCUCCACCUCCUACUCCCACUCUAGAAACCACAACACUAGACAGAAUUUCUCCUGCUAUGGUGCUUCCCCCAUCCCUGACCCCAUAAACAAUUUUCCUAAAGACUCCUUCUCAGAGAGGCUGCUCUGUACUUGGCACUGACUGGCCUUUCAGACCAGGGCCUUUGAGAGUUCUGUAGGAGGGGGACAAGAAUGUAAAGGGAGCAAUCUUGGGCUUGCGCCAGUGGUUAGGUCCUAGGAGGUAGCUGGAGUAGAGAGCAGAAAGUCCUAGAGAUUAUCAGUGAGAGCUGAGGCAUGCCAGGCUAUCUCUCUGAGUGCCACAGGUCUGCCACCAAGCCAUCAGAAUAUGAGUUUCCAGGCUCUUCAGAAGACCUUAUUUCCUUGGAAACACCCCAGAAAUUUUCCAUACCCUCUUCAGUAUCCCAAGAGAGCCUGGGAUUCUGAUGUCUGGUUUAUCCCUGGAAGUUUUUCUUUUCAUUCCUUCCUUUUUGUAUGGUGUGGUAGCAGUAAGGGAAUAUGGGUGGGAGAUGUCCUGGCUGAUUCCUGCCAAAGUUUCAGCCUGUCCUCUCCGGUGGCUACAAUUUAAGUUUUCAUUUGCCAUUUCCUCUAGACUUGGAGGCAUGGAGUGAGUCAGGGACUAUCCAGUGGAUGCCUUAGAAGAAAAGGGAAGAUGGAGGCAGACAUAGCAUCUGAACCCAGUGUGGGGGCAUUCAUUAGAAUCUUUGAUCUACCCAGGCUCUAUUUCAGCC